AUGGCACCUCCCCCAAGCAUGGACCCCGACGUUGAUGUCGACAUGACACACGAUGAGGAAGACGACCAGGGCGAAAGGCUCAUCAACGAGGAGUACAAGACCUGGAAGAAGAACAGCCCGUUCUUGUAUGACAUGAUUCUUGGCACGGCCCUUACGUGGCCUACGCUUACGGUCCAAUGGUUCCCCGAUGUCAAGGAACCCAAGGACAAAAACUUUCGCAUGCACCGCCUGCUGCUCGGAACCCACACGUCCGACGAGAGCGCCAACUUUUUGCAAUUCGCCGAUGUUCAGAUUCCCAAAGCGCUCGAGCCGAACCCAAGCGAUUUUGACGAAGACCGUGGCGAGAUCGGAGGUUAUGGCAAAGCGGGGGACGUGGCUGCAAUCAAAUGCGAUAUUGUCCAGAAGAUUGAGCACCCCGGCGAGGUCAACAAGGCGCGCUACCAGCCUCAGAACCCGGAUAUCGUUGCUACGCUCUGUGUCGAUGGAAAAAUUCUGAUUUUUGAUCGCACAAAGCACCCACUACAGCCCACGUCAUCCGGCAAGAUCAAUGCCCAAGUUGAGCUGAUCGGCCACAAGGCUGAGGGCUUUGGUCUGGCCUGGAGCCCCCACGAUGUGGGUUGCUUGGCCUCAGGAAGCGAGGACAGAACCAUGUGCCUUUGGGACCUGAAGAAACUUGAGUCUGAUGUCAAAAUUCUCAAGCCUUCCCGUCGCUACACACACCAUACCCAAGUCGUCAACGAUGUCCAAUACCACCCCAUCUCCAAGAGUUUCAUUGGUUCAGUUUCCGACGACCAAACACUGCAAAUCGUCGACACACGUCAUGGCGACAUGAGCAAAGCCGCAGUAGUCGCGAAAGGCGGACACUUGGACGCUAUCAACGCCCUGGCUUUCAACCCUAACUCUGAGGUCCUAGUGGCCACUGCCUCUGCUGACAAGACGAUUGGUAUCUGGGAUCUUCGUAAUGUUAAGGAAAAGGUGCAUACUCUAGAGGGUCACAACGACGCCGUCACGUCACUGUCAUGGCACCCCAAUGAAGCUGGUAUCUUGGGUAGCGGAAGCUACGACAGACGCAUCAUCUUCUGGGACCUGUCUCGCGUGGGUGAAGAACAGCUUCCUGAUGACCUCGACGAUGGUCCCCCAGAAUUGCUCUUCAUGCACGGCGGCCACACGAAUCACCUUGCUGACUUCAGCUGGAACCGCAACGAGCCGUGGCUGGUGGCUAGUGCCGCUGAAGAUAAUCUUUUGCAGAUCUGGAAGGUUGCUGAGGCCAUUGUCGGCAAGGAUGAUGGCGAGUUGCCUGUGGACGAGCUUGACCGAUAG